GACCCGCUGGCUGCAGUACGGUAUGCUUGUGUCUACUGGAUUGAUCAUCUCUACGAUUGGCAGUCACGCAAGAAUACCAAUCACCUAGAUGUGUUCCAGGAUGGCGGUGUCAUCGAUGACUUUCUGAGGCAGCACUAUCUCCACUGGCUCGAAGCUCUCGCACUUUGCAGGAGCAUGUCGCAGGGGGUAUUGUCAAUGGCAAAGCUCGAGAGCAUUCUUCAGGUUGGUUCUACCUGGUGA